AUGGUUUCCGCCAAGAAGCACGUUCCCAUCGUGAAGAAGCGCACGAAGAAGUUCAGUCGCCACCAGAGCGACCGCUUCAUGCGCGUUGAUCCCAGCUGGCGCAAGCCCAAGGGUAUCGACAGCCGUGUCCGUAGGCGGUUCAGGGGCAACCAGGUUAUGCCCUCGAUCGGCUUCGGCUCCAACAAGAAGACCAAGUACAUGAUGCCCUCCGGCCACCGUGCCUUCGUCGUCAGCAACGUCAACGAUGUCGAGCUCCUCCUCAUGCACAACCGCACCCACGCUGCCGAGAUCGCCCACAACGUCUCCUCCAGGAAGCGAAUUGACAUCAUUGCCCGCGCGAAGCAAUUAGGCGUCAAGGUCACGAACGCCAAGGCGAAGGUUACGACCGAGGUGUAA